AGGAAAACCUCAUCAAGAAAGCCCUGAAGAAAGGAGAUGAGGAAGGGACCCAUGCGCACAUCUGCAGGAAGAGUGAAUCCCUAGAGGGAAGGACAAGUGCAAAUAUCUGGAGGCCAGGAAGCUUUGCCCAGGUUUGCUUAGGGCGUGGCAGCUGCAGAUAAAGGCAGGACUCAGGCUGAACCUGAAAACUCCAUGCAGCCUGGGGAGUCACACAGGCCAGCGCUCCAUCAUGCAACAAGUGGCCCUGAGCCUGCUCGCUGUCCUGGCAGGCCUGCCUGCCCUGGACGCCAACGACCCGGAAGAUAAAAACAGUCCUUUCUACUAUGAUUGGUACAACCUCCGGGUCGGUGGGCUCAUCUGUGCAGGGGUUCUGUGCGCCCUUGGCAUCAUCGUCCUCAUGAGUGAGUGGGAGAGCGCAGGGGAGUGGGCAGGGCAGGGCUGUGGGCCCCCUCUCCUGACCAUUCCUUUCUCCCCAACAGGUGGGAAAUGCAAAUGCAAGUUCAGCCAGAAGCCCAGCCACCGACCAGGGGACGCCCCGCCUCUCAUCACUCCAGGUUCUGCCCAUAACUGCUGAGGAUGGAUCAGCUGAAAGAGCACAGAGGUCUCUCUCUUUCCCAAGUCCUGGCUCUGCACGGGACCUGCACUCCAGGGUGGAAUUCUCCCUCCUCUCCUCAGAUGGCCUGGCCUGGCCUCAUCUCACUUCCCACUGGAGGGGUCUCUUCAUUCAGUUUUUAAUCUAAAAUGAUUUUGCCUCCUGCCUAA